GUUUGUAAAGAUAUUUCCUUGGAAAAUUGGUGCUUGUGGCUGUCUCUCCUUCUAUAUAUCUCCUUAUCUCAUACUCUGUCUCAUAACUAAUAGGUUCAAGCUAUUUCCUCUCUUUUUUUUAAUUCUUUGCUGUCUUGAUAGUUAAAGCAGAAUCAACUAAAAUGGCAGCAACGGGUGCAUCUAUCUUUCAAAUUUCGACGCAACCUCGUGUCUUCACGAGGCCAAUUACUACUGCUAAUAUUAAUAAUGCUAAUCCAUCCGUCUCGAACACUCUUGCUAGUUCUUUCAUCGGUUCUUCUUUGCAACGGAGCACUACUAAGAAGAAAAGAGCAGUUAAGAUUGGUAGGAAAGUGAUCGCUGCAGCUGCUGUUACUGUUGCCACUCCUUCAAGGGAGGAAGUUAAGGAAUAUGCACGUCCUACAUGGGCCAUGUUUGAACUUGGAAGUGCCCCCGUCUUCUGGAAAACCAUGAACGGCCUUCCUCCAUCUUCUGGGGAAAACCUAAAGCUUUUCUACAAUCCAGCUGCAAACAAGCUUGUUCCAAACGAAGAAUUUGGGAUUGCUUUUAAUGGAGGUUUUAAUCAGCCCAUCAUGUGUGGUGGUGAGCCAAGGGCAAUGCUGAGGAAAGUUAGAGGGAAGGCUGAUCCGCCAUUUUACACCAUCCAGAUAUGCGUUCCUAAGCAUGCUGUGAACUUGAUAUUCUCGUUCACAAAUGGAGUUGACUGGGAUGGUCCUUACAGGCUGCAGUUUCAAGUUCACAAUGGCUGGCGAAACAAGCCCAUCGAAUUCUUCAACGAGGGCCUGGCAGAAGAGUUGAGUAAAGAAGGUGCGUGCGAAAAAGCAAUUUUUCCGGAUACAGAUAUCAUUGUUACGAGAUGUGCUAUGAUCGGCAACUUAUCCAUUGAAGGGGGUGAUCGUUGCGAUCUUGAUCUAGUCUCAGGAUGCAUGGAUCCUAGCUCACAUUUAUAUAACCCCCUUGCCAAUGUGGAUGAUGGAACCUGCCCAAUUGAGAUGGAAGAUUAGCAGUAGCCUGGCAAUACCCCUUUGAUGUUGAUGUAAAUACCAUAUACAUUUACUGUAUACCUAAGGCCUUCCUCAUACAUAAUGGCAAAUAUACUAAUGAAAUUACUACUUGCUCAAGUAAAAAUGCUUGCUUUGAGCGAGGUCUAUAUGAAACAUCUCCAGUUCCCUUGAUGAUGACAAGAAGUAUAGUGCACAUCCUGAUAGUAAUUUGAAGGCAACAUUCCAGUUUGAAGCUAUGCUUCAAAGGGAAGGUGUGGAUCGACUUUCAGUUUGGCAAACCUAAAAUGGAACGAGCCUCUUUCAGCACAGAGUCUCAGGCUGCAAGUAUGAAGUAAUUAUUCUUACAAGACAAAGUGAAUGGAAUUUUUAGAUUUUAUUUGUGUCAGAAUAGUGGCUGUGUCAGCUCGCAGAAAAGCGACUCCAAAAGAAAUAUUAUAAACUUCAUAGUCGUUCCGAUAGAAAAAAACUGACCAUUUUUUUUUCCUCUUUA